CUGUCAGUCAGGUAAGGUGCUGGCAAGCCGGUGGCCGAGAGUGCGGUGCUGUCAUGACAGAGGGCACGUGUCUGCGGCGGCGAGGGGGACCCUAUAAAACUGAGCCGGCCACUGACCUCACCCGCUGGCGGCUCCGCAACGAGCUGGGUCGGCAGACAUGGACGUAUUUCCAAGCGGAGGACGACCCCGGUCGAGAACAGACCGGGCUGGAGGCGCACUCUUUGGGACUGGACACAAAGAGUUAUUUCAAAGACUUACCUAAAGCUCAAACAGCCCACGAGGGGGCCCUGAAUGGAGUGACAUUUUAUGCCAAGCUGCAGGCUGAGGAUGGACACUGGGCGGGUGAUUAUGGUGGACCCCUCUUCCUCUUGCCAGGUCUCCUGAUAACAUGCCAUGUGUCACACAUCCCUCUGCCAGCUGGAUACAGAGAGGAGAUGAUACGGUACCUGCGAUCAGUGCAGCUCCCCGAUGGCGGCUGGGGCCUGCAUGUUGAGGACAAGUCCACGGUGUUUGGGACCGCCCUGAACUAUGUGGCUCUCAGAAUCCUGGGUGUUGGGCCUGAUGAUCCUGACCUUGUACGUGCUCGGAACAUUCUUCACAAAAAAGGCGGUGCCGUGGCCAUCCCCUCCUGGGGGAAGUUCUGGCUGGCCAUCCUGAAUGUUUAUAGCUGGGAAGGACUCAAUACCCUAUUCCCUGAGAUGUGGUUGUUUCCUGAAUGGGUACCUGCACACCCCUCCACUCUCUGGUGUCACUGCCGGCAGGUCUAUCUACCCAUGAGCUACUGCUAUGCCACUCGGCUAAGUGCCUCAGAGGACCCACUGGUUCAGAGCCUCCGCCAGGAGCUCUAUGUGGAGGAUUAUGCCAGCAUUGAUUGGCCAGCACAGAGGAACAACGUGUCCCCGGAUGAGCUAUACACGCCACAUAGCUGGCUGCUGCAUGUGGUGUAUGGAAUCCUCAACCUGUAUGAACGUUUCCAUAGUACCAGCCUGCGGCAGCGGGCCAUCCGAAUGCUGUACGAGCAUAUUGUUGCCGAUGACCGCUUCACUAAAUGCAUCAGCAUUGGCCCGAUCUCAAAAACCAUCAACAUGCUUGUUCGUUGGGCAGUGGAUGGGCCCUCCUCCCCUGCCUUCCAGGAGCACGUUUCCAGGAUCCCAGAUUACCUUUGGCUGGGCCUUGAUGGCAUGAAAAUGCAGGGCACCAAUGGAUCACAGAUUUGGGACACGUCAUUUGCUAUCCAAGCACUAUUGGAGGCAGGUGCGCACCACAGACCUGAGUUUUUGCCCUGCCUGCAGAAGGCUCACGAAUUCCUGCGGCUUUCACAGGUCCCAGACAACCUUCCUGACUAUCAGAAGUAUUACCGCCAGAUGCGCAAGGGCGGUUUCUCCUUCAGCACACUGGACUGUGGCUGGAUCGUUGCCGACUGCACAGCUGAGGCUUUGAAGGCCGUGCUGCUCCUGCAGAAGCAGUGUCCCUUCAUCACCGAGCACAUCCCCCGAGAGCGGCUCUGUGACGCUGUGGCUGUGUUGUUGGGCAUGAGGAAUUCUGAUGGAGGAUUUGCUACCUACGAGACCAAGCGUGGGGGGCAUUUGCUGGAGUUGCUGAACCCCUCAGAGGUCUUCGGAGACAUCAUGAUUGACUACACAUAUGUAGAGUGUACCUCAGCAGUGAUGCAGUCUCUGAAGCAUUUCCAUGAGCACUAUCCAGACCACAGGGCAGUAGAGAUCAGGGAGACCCUCGAGCAAGGCCUGGAGUUCUGCCGAAAGAUACAGAGAGCUGAUGGCUCCUGGGAGGGCUCUUGGGGGGUUUGUUUCACCUAUGGCACCUGGUUUGGCCUGGAAGCUUUCGCUUGCAUGGGGCAUACCUACCAAGAUGGGACUGCGUGUGCAGAAGUGUCUCGGGCCUGCAACUUCCUCCUGUCCCAGCAGAUGGCAGAUGGAGGCUGGGGGGAGGACUUCGAGUCGUGUGAACAACGGCGUUAUGUGCAGAGUGCCAGGUCCCAGGUCCACAGUACAUGCUGGGCCCUGAUGGGCCUGAUGGCUGUGCGGCAUCCCAACAUCGCUGCUCAGGAGAGAGGAAUCAGAUGUCUGCUGGAGAAGCAGUUCCCCAAUGGAGACUGGCCUCAGGAGAACAUCUCUGGAGUCUUCAACAAGUCCUGUGCCAUUAGCUACACAAGUUACAGGAACAUCUUCCCCAUCUGGGCCCUGGGCCGCUUCUCCAGCCUAUACCCUGAUAAUACCCUCGGCGGCCACCUUUGAAUGCAUGUCUAUGCUGCAGCUGGCCUUCUUAUCCCUGCUUUGGGCCUUGUUGUCUAUUUCUGUAGACAUGAAGCUGGGGAUAGGGUCGGGUUAGUGUCUCUAGGCACUUGUCAGUAUAUGUUUAGUUCUGAAACUAGAUUCCAUGAGAAAGGGAACCACACUGUACCCUACAGCUCGUGGGUACAUCCUUCUUGAAUGAGUGAGACUAGAGUUUUUAUGACCAGUGACUUCCGUGUGAGAGGAGCAGCUGGCUUCUUCACCUCCUCCCUUGUCUGCUGUGCAAUGGGCCUCUGACUAGACUCCUGUUUGCUGGCCUGGCAGAGUUCUGGCAACCCAAUGGUGCUGGUAUACUCAGAGAAAGGCUCAGUCGGGAAUGAGGCGGGGCCCUACUUUACUGUGUCCUGAGCAGUGGCUGUUGGUCUUGAAAUACUAGUUUUCCAGAAAGGAAAUACGAACUCGCUUUAUACUAAAAAUGUCACUAAAAGUGAUUUAAAUGACCACCGACUCCCUUAAUAAACAGACAUUUUGGGACUGGAAUGAUAGCCUAACAGUAAAGAACAUUGACUGCUCUUUCAGAGGACCUGGGUUUGAUUCUCAGCACCCACUGGUGACUAACAACCUUCUUUAACUCCAGUUCCCUGGGGAUCCAAUGCCUUCUUCUGGCCUCUGUGGGCACUGCACACAUGGUGCAUAAACAUACAUGCAGGCCUAACACCCAUACACAUAAGGUAAAAAUAAAUCUCGAAAAUAAAAUAUUAAAAACAAAACAACAAACCCCCAGGCAUUUCAUCCUGGAGUGUCCUGAGGCUGUAUGGCAUAGAGGUAGAUGCAGCAUCCUAUUCUGCCCCUAGAUUGUAAGCAUGUACACAUUGCAUGUUUUCUGGGGUACGAGUUCUGCUCUCCAGUCAUCUUGUUGAGAUAGAGGCACAUGUGGGAAGCCACACAUAGAAUGAAAAGGGUAGUGUAGAUAGUGGUUAUGGUGUUCAUACUGGGACAACACUGUAGCAAGGACAGCUGAUGACAUCCAGCUCACCUCUUAGACCCACUUAGCCAGGCAGUCGUGGCCCUCCUGGGACCCAGGACAACAUCUGUGACACCCAAAAGCCAUUAUGAACCCUUUUGCCAACUGUGCUUUGAGUUCAAGUGAGGGCCAGAUUUCUGGGGUGAUGCUUCUUGGGGGUGAGCUCUGAAUUUCUGAUUUCUGACUCUGUGUCUGGCCAACAUGCAGGCAGAGUUUGGAGUUGAUAAAGUAAUAAUUUCUCCUCGAAGUCACUACUUUUCUCCCUGACCAUGGUGAGCAGGGUCCAGCCUGGUGCCUUCUCAAUCUAAUGCUUUCUACCUCUAUUACAUUCUGGACUGGUGGUGACUCCACCCUCUCCCUGGCCCAUGGUCUUCCCGCAGACAAGCAGAGAGCUAUCAGAUCUGGUUUCCCUGCCCAGGAUCUUCUAGGCCGACCUUCUGCCAUGGUGCAGAUUCCCCAAGGCUUUGUGCCACUUGCCUCCUGCCCAGCUCCCACCACUGCCAGCUGUGCUGUGACUCCUCAGGCUCUCCUCACGUGGAUCACAACCUGUGCUGUUGCCUGCACAGUCUCUCUGCCUCUGCCAGCAGCAGAGCAGAUGGAUAGUGAAUCACUAGAUCUGCCCCUAGCAGCAGCAACUGUCCCUCGGAAUUCCAGAUCACUGUACGAAAUACUUACAGGACCAAUUCUCUUAAUAAACAGACUGCUGAUGAACAUA